AUGUCAAGUUUUGAAGAAAUAAAUGAAGAAAUAAAUAAUGAAAAGGACUUGGAAGAACCAGAUUUGAAUUCUUCGAAAAAAUUGGAUGAAUUUGAUCUAGAUACUGAUGAAGAAUUAUCAGAGUUAGAUGAAGAACAAUUUAAAGAUUUAAGAGAAGCACAAAUAGAUAAAUCAUACGUAAAUGAAUACAAUGUACAUGAUCUUCCACGUUUUAAGAAAAAACGAGGGCUUUCAGAGGAAGGAACAAAGCCUAAGAAAGUUAAAAGUAUUAAAAAGCGGCGGAGCGGGGUAAAUAUAUUAUCAGAGGAAAAUGACAUUGAACAAAAACAUGAUAUGACCCCAGAAGAGUUAGCACGCCAGGAAUUAGAUCAAGCAUUAAAUGAAGCAAUUAUGUCUUCUCGAAAAAAAAAAAAGAAAGAAGAAGAUCUGGAGGAGAUGGCAGAUGAUGAGAUUGUUGCUCUUCGUGAAAAAAUGCGGCAGGCCGCGAUUGAAGAUAUACAAGCAAAUGAAGAAAAAAGGCCAGCAAUACAGAAGCUUAAAAUGUUGUCUGAAGUAGAAAAUGCAUUAAGAAAAACAUCUUUUACAGAAUCAAUUCUCGAUAAUAAUCUUUUAGAGGUAGUUAGAAUAUGGCUUGAGCCGUUACCGGAUCGGUCGCUUCCUGCUUUGAAUAUACAGAAAGUACUUUUUUCAGCACUGUCUCGGUUACCAAUACAAACGGAACAUUUACGUGAAAGUGGUGUUGGAAAAGUUGUUCUUUUUUAUAAACAAUCUAAAAAACCAGAUUUGUUAAUAAAAAGACAAGCAGAUCGGUUGAUUUGUAAGAAUAAUUGCAUUUUUAUUAUUUUUAUUGAUCCUUUAGCUGAAUGGAGUCGUCCUAUUAUUAAAAGAAGUUCAAAUUAUAGAGAUCGUUCCAUUUCUACAGUAUUAUAUAAUCCAGACACUAUUGUAUAUAACGACCAAAAGACGUCUGGUAAUGAUAUUGAUGAUUCUAAAAAAGCAUAUAGGAAAACAAUUAUACCCGUGCCUAUUAGUUCAUCAUAUGAAAUUGCCCCUAAAGUAAACUUAAAGAUAAACUCUACUGCUUCAAAGACACGAAAUGAUGAUCAUAUUCGGAAACUAAAGCAGAAAAUGCAAAAAAUGAAACAAUUAGGAAAACGUAAUGGUGUAUCUAUUGAAGGAAGAAGAUUCAUUUAA